AUGACCUCCCCGAGCGACACGUCAACACCAUCCUCCACCAACAACGCUUCGAAUCCGUCCAACCUCUCCCAGAACGGCCCCUCCGAAGACACGAACGACAGCAUGCCCGCCCUGCGCGUCGACCCCGCCCGCCUCUCCACCCUGACCGCGAAUAUAUCCUCCAUCCGCUCGCGCAUUGCCGCCGCGCUGCCCAAAAGCAGCAACAGCAACUCGCCCUCGCGGCAGCCGCGCCUCGUUGCCGUUUCUAAGCUCAAGCCCGCGACUGACAUUUACGCGCUCCUGCAGCAGCAGCCAGAACAAGAAGGACAACGACACUUCGGCGAGAACUACGUGCAAGAGCUGCUGGAGAAGUCGAAGAUCUUAUGGGAACAGUCGGACGGGGUGGGGAAGGCGGUGCGCUGGCAUUUCAUUGGCGGGUUGCAGAGCAACAAGGCGACGCAGCUGGCGCGGGAGUGCCGUGGGUUGUGGUGCGUGGAGAGCGUGGAUUCGAUGAAGAAGGCGAGGGGGUUGGAGAAGGGGUGGGGGGAGAGGAUUUGGAAGACGGAGGAUGUGGAGGGAAAUGACGAUGGGAGGUUGAGGGUCAUAAUCCAAGUGAAUACCAGCGGGGAGGAGAAUAAGAGUGGCGUGGAGCCGGAGAGCAAGGAACUGGUGGAGCUGGCGAGGUGUGUGGUAGAUGAGUGUAAGGGCUUGAGGCUCGCGGGAUUGAUGACGAUCGGGGCGAUUGCAAGGAGUCGCGCGGCGAAGGAGGGGGAGGAGAAUGAGGAUUUCGAGAAGCUUAAGGAUGUGAGAGGCUGGUUGGCUAAGGAGUUGGGAUGGGAAGAGGAGAAGCUGGAGUUGAGUAUGGGCAUGAGCGAGGACUUUGAGAGUGCUGUCAGACUGGGGAGCAGUGAGGUGAGGAUUGGGAGUACGAUUUUUGGAGAGAGGCCGCCGAAAGCUGAAGCGAAGGUUGUUUGA